UAAUAGUUGGGAAGAGAAGUACAUCACCGCCAGCAACACUGAAAGUAACAGAGGAGCCUCACAGUUGAAGAUCCACUCUCACUUCAUUUACCUCCAACCAGACUCCUCGCAUAGUGUCUUUGUGACUUGUUGGUUGAAAGAGUAGCAAUCAUGAGUUUCGUCUUCCGAGGGAGCAGAGGAGAUGUGGAAAGUGGAUUUUCAGAAUAUGUUCCUGAAAGAACCACGAUGCGUGUCCAUCCAGCCCGGCCAGUAAAUAGCAAUGCUCUGGCUUUUCUCAUCACAGUUAUCAUGCUGUUUAUGAUAUUGAAUUCUCCCCAAAUGUCACAUUUUUUGAUGUGGCUUAUGCUGAUUGUGUUUGUGAUGGCCACAAGCCUGAGGAUGUAUGUAACUUGGCAACAGCUUCAAGCUCAAGCAAGGGCUCAUGCCGCAGCAGCUGAAUUACAACUUCACAUGCCGCCGUCCAUAGCAAUUGCAGCUAGAGGACGCUUGCAAGGACUCAGACUUCAGCUUGCGCUUCUUGACCGUGAAUUUGAUGAGCUUGAUUAUGAGACACUGAGGACUCUGGAAUCUGACACUGCUUCUACUACUACUUCAAUGACUGAUGAAGAGAUAAAUGCCUUACCUGUUCACACAUACAAAGUUCCUGUCCCAACAAAGGAUGGCUCAGCUGGGUUGGCUUCCUCUUCACGCGCAACCGAGGUUAGGCAAGAUAACGGCGGGACCGAGGGAAAUGCGAAGGGUCCAGAAGAUGAGCUAACGUGUACUAUAUGUUUGGAACAAGUUAAGAGAGGGGAGCUAGUUCGUAGCUUGCCAUGUUUGCAUCAGUUUCACACGAACUGCAUCGAUCCAUGGCUGCGACAGCAAGCAAAAUGCCCUGUGUGUAAAUUUAGAAUGGGGUCUGGAUGGCAGGGAAAUAGUGGGGACAAUGAGUCUGAAGGCGCAGAUACUGUGUAGGGUUCUUCAAACGCAUGAAUAUUGUGCACAAUUCUGUUUUGAGCAUUUGCAUGAAUGAGUUUUAUUAGGGUCUCAUGCUCAUAAAUCUUGAAAUAUUGGCGUCCUGAAUAGAAAAUAGGGUUUCAUGAAAAGUUAUUACUCUUUUUUUUUUUUUUUGGGGCCUUGAUGAAAAGUUAAUACUCUAAUGUUCACGUUAUGAGCGUAUUGAGCGAGUUUGUUGACGCAACUAUUAAUUUUUCCAAUAAAAUGGUUGUAAAAUUUCUAAUUCUUCAUUUGUUC